UAUUUUUUAAUAGUAUGCAAUGAGUCGAAAGAAUUUUUUAUUUGUACGUAAUAUUGCUCAAUGAUAAAUAAGCCAAAUUUUUACUGCUAAAUAGUACAAUUAAACAAUAGAUUAGAUGAAGGUUUUCGCACAGUAGCGCGAUUACAAAUUGAAUUUUGAUCACCUCAAAGGUGCUGACUGGCGCAGUGGCGCUAUAAAUGCAUUGUACCGCGUGUUUUGAAGUAACCUCAAUUCAGAACGCCGUUUGGACUCACUUUUUGCUCCAUUAUCGAAAUUUGAGCACAUGUUCCAGCAGAUUCUCUAAUCUUCUCCCGUGGAGGAAAUCAUCGGUGCUCAAUUUCGUGUUCAGAACGAUGUCGGAGAAGACGGCGGUGAAAAUCGGCACGCACGACGGCACCUUCCACUGCGACGAAGUACUUGCCUGUGCACUCUUGAAACUGCUGCCACAGUACAAGGAUGCCUCUAUAGUAAGAUCUCGAGAUCAGAGUAUCUUGAAUACCUGUGAUAUCGUAGUGGACGUCGGCCGGGAAUAUGAUCCCUCCAGGCACCGAUACGACCAUCACAUGAGGGAAUUUAAGGAGACAGUUAGUACCGUUAUGAAGAAUCCAAGGUAUAAGUGGACAAUAAAAUUAAGCAGUGCAGGUCUGAUCUAUUGUCACUUCGGCCAUGAAAUAUUGAGAAGUGUACUUCCAGAUGUAAGGGAGGACAAAGUUAUCGAUGAGGUCUUCAUGAAGGUCUACGAUACCUUGAUCAAAGAGAUCGAUGCUAUAGACAACGGUGUGCUGAUGUACGAUGGAGAGCCAUUGUACCGAAUUGUCACUGAUUUAAGCUCCCGAGUGAGCAGUCUGAAUCCUCAGUGGAACAGCAAGGAUGUCAAUGUCGACGAACGAUUUAAGAAAGCUAUGGCUUUGGUCCUAGAGGAGUUUCUGGAAUUUGUACGAUACACGAAGGACAUUUGGCUACCAGCAAGGGACAUCGUGCGUCGCGCUAUAGAGAAUCGAUUGGAGGUCGACUCGAGCGGAGAGAUAAUAGCACUGUCGCAGGCAACACCGUGGAAGGAACAUCUGUUCCUACUGGAAAAGGAGAUGAGCGUAUCGCCACCGAUAAAGUACGCUGUUUUUGAUGGCAACGACUCGUAUCGGGUUCAAUGCGUGCCGGUAGCGUUGGGAAGUUUCGUAUGCAGGCUGUGUUUGCCGGAGAAGUGGGGCGGUUUGUCUAACGACGCGCUUGUGGAAGCCUGCGGAAUCGAAGGCGCCCGAUUUGUGCAUGCCAAUCGGUUUAUCGGCGGUCACGGUACCAGGGAUGGUGCGUUGGCUAUGGCGCGUAAAGCGCUCGAAAUCGGAAAGUCGGAAUAAUGUUUGAUAAGCGCUAGGUCGUUAAUGAUUAUUGAACAAUUCCCGACUCCUCUUUUUACGUUCGACUUAAACUGAUUUAUUUGAGUCGCGCUUAGAGGAAACAUCGUAUCAAUAUGAUAUUCUCGAAAAAUAAUUUUUUGAUAUGCUCAAAAAAUAAUGUUUUCUCCCGAAACACUGCGUUUUAAUUUGACAUUAAUUUAUUUAAAUUAUAAUCCAGAAACAGGGUCUCAUUACCACACUGCCAAGAACACUGGUCACGAUAAAAUAUGAUGUAAUGAGGAACAAUAAAUUACUAUAAUGCACCUU